UUGACGUGGUGGAGAGCUUAAAUAAUUGAUGUAGUAUAAUUAGGCUUAACUCGCAUAAUGUACCAUUGUCGUUCUUUCUUUCAAAAUAUACUUGAUGUAGAACUGCGUUUGUGCAUUACGAGGUCAUGCUGGCGACAGCGCGCAUUCUUCUGCUCAUUUAUAUCGCCAUACUGCUCGCCGCGGUUGCUCAAUGGUCGUGGCGUAGCGCCGCUGAGCACGAGGUCGCGAGUUCGAUCCCUGCCGCGGCGGCUCCAUUCCAUGGAGGCUGAGUGCAAAAAAAAAAACGAUCUUGUAAUUAAAAAAAAAAAACAUAUGGUCGAAAUUAUCUGGAGUCCCCCCGCUGCGGCGUGCCUCACACCACAUCGCGGCUUUGGCGCGUAGAAUCGAAGAAAUUAGACAGCUUUAGAUUAGGGGCCUUUAGAUUUAGAUUAGAUUAGGGCAUUUAGAUUAGAUUAGCCCUUUGCGUACCCUUAUCUAAAACUCUCUAUUACUUACCUACUCAUCGCCGCACUGCGGAUUGAGUACGGCCUGCGACCGGGGUCGUGCGAAAAGAUAUACGAUUCCCGUUCUGCCGCGCGUGCAGGUGUGUGCGGCGACCAGCCGUUCCAGCACCAUGCUUCCCUCCCACCUACUGCUCGCCCUGCUGCUGCUGACGUCGCUGACGACGCUGCCUGCACCGGCGGACGGAACCUUCGGCGUCUUCGGCGGCGGCUCCCUGGGCUCGCUGGUGCUUCCGGCCGCGCUGAUUGGCCUGCCGUUCGGCCCGCUAGCGCUGGGCAUCGGGGCGGUCGGCAUCAAGAUCGCCCUCUUCAGCCGGAUCAUCGCCUUCCUGGCCGGCCUCGUCCGGAACCGGGGCCCGCGGCGCGGCAUCAGCGUCAGGAAGGAGUUCCUCCACAUUCCGGCCAGGGACCUGCAGCGCGUUCACCAGGCGCCCGUCGUGCUGCCUCCGGUGCCCCGAACGUUGGAACACGCGUUCAGCCUGCCCUCGCACCAGCCCUAUGGCGACGCGGCUGGUAGACUUCAGGCGGCGUUCGCCAGGGGUCCGGCGUCUCCGUUCCAGGCGCCCGUCCCGCAGUCGUUCGUGUUCUCUGGGCCGCCGAAUUUCGUGCCUCCACCGCCGCCGCUCCAUUUCGUGGUCCCACCGCGACUAGCCGCGGUCCGACCGGAGCCGACGCAAGGCGUGUCGCCGGACAAGCUCCUUCACGGCGCACAGCCGCCUACCGGUGGCACCUUCGACCAGAUACUGCGCAUCGCCCAGUCGCCGGCCGUGUCCACCAUCGUGAGCAACAACCCGGACCUGGUGGUCAAGUUCAUCCAAGGAAUCGCCGGUUCGAAACCGCUGCAGACGCCCAUCGGAACGGCGCACAGCAACGCGGGCCUGACGGGCAGCAAAGUGGGCGGCGGCGACAUCGAGGCCCUCCUCAACUUCGUGCGCCAGGACCCGAACCUCGUGCGAAACAUCGUGAGGGCGGACCCGGGAUUCGUGCCCAGCCUCGUGGACAACCUCCUGGGUAUAUCGGGCCAGGUAAAGGAGCCGACACCCGCGCCGCCGGCCAAUUUUUCUGGCUUCGACUUCAAGCAACCGAUCAACGACACAGUGGCGGGAUCCCCGGACGUUCCAGCUAACGUUCCCGUCGACGGGAAACAAGCCGAAGCCCCCGUUCUGCCGUCGGCAGCGCCCAAGACGGCGGCCAUUCCGCCAGCUUCUUCCCCGGGAGUUUACUCAAUUCAGCGCUACCCGCAAGCGGUCUACCCCGUUCCCAACUACGGGCAGUCACCGCAUGCCCCCUUCGGGUAUCCUGUCGUAUUCGGCCUACCUCAGCUGCCCGUUGUGUACCCCCGUUUUCCUUGGUCAACUAUGACGCCUCAGCAACUUUCACAUGCGUUGAAGCUGGCAGCUUAUCCAAGUCGCGCCUCGGUGAAAAAGCACGGCACCACCGCUCGUCCCGACAAGCAACAACCGACCGUCCAGGAGUCGGGAUCCGUUAGGAAGGACAAGCCUAAAGCAUUGCCCCCAACGGUCGUCAGCACGAAGAAACCGGAAAAGUCCACCAUCGAAGCAUACGGAUCUGUUCGGAAAGGCACACCCAAGGCAUCGUAUAAAACGGACACAACGACCCAGCGGCCUGCCGUCCUAGAGUCCUAUGGACUGAUUCGUAAAGACAAGCCUAAGAUGACGUCCUCAUCUCCCGCAACAACGCAAAGACCGAAGCAACCCGUCGCCCAAGCGUAUGCGCCCGUUCGGAAAGCCAAGCCUGAGACGUCAAAUCAAAAGGUUCAACCUGUACAACCGGCCAUCCCGGCUUACGGAUCAACCAAGGCCAAGCCUAAGCCGUCCUAUCAAAGCGAGGUCGUGACCGAGGUUCCCACCAUCCAACAAUAUGGGGCACCCAGAAGUGACAAACCGAAGGCCCCCCACGUAACCAGCACUGGUCCGGUUGAACCAGCGGAUAAGGGCGCCGCAGUUGUCGCCGAGAAGCCGGUCAUCGAGCAAGAUUUGCCUGUCGCGAAGGAAACGAAGGGCGACGUGUACACCACGGCCAACCAGGGCCAAGGGAGCUCGCCCACAGCCGAUGGGAUCGAUAGGCCCGCCGUGAAGGAAAUGGCUCCACCACCCGCCGUCAGGCCGGUCUACGUGCCUGCCACGGGUAAGUUCCGGUUCGAUAAGGGCCGUAAGGGCGGCCCUGAGGAGAACGCGGCAGGUUUCCCUGCUUCCCUGUUCGACCCGACGGCCUUCGGCGACCAGGACACGAAGGACAGCCAGAGCACCGGACCGGCCAAGGCGAGAGUCCGUCGGGACAGCCCCGACACGACAACGGCCCCGUCGGACUUCUCACGCACCUACGGCGGUCGCAAGUGCGUCUUCAAGAUGAUCUGCUUCAUCGGCGCCAACGACCACACGUACGGUCGUUACGGUGAGAGAGCCUCCGUCUUCAUCAGAUACGUGGACAGCCUGAUGAGCUCCAGCGACGUGGCGGCCGACUACAGCCGCGCGUACGAAGUGGGCCGAACGCACGGCGGCGAAGGCUGCCGCAUCAAGUACAACAGCUGCCCAAUGACGGUCGUCGACCUGGUCAGCCUGUCGGCGAACUUCGGGUGAAGCCUCGGCGCGCUGCGGCGAGAACCGCGGUCCAGGCCAUACGACGCUGCAGACUGUGUGCGGACCGGUCUCUGGGACCCGAGAUGCAGUCUUCCACAGCGAGCAGCGUUUGGCAGGGGCGCCUACGUCGCGGUGACUCGUAGAGGCCGUACGGAGCUGGCCAACCUGUCGCGUUUUGGCAACCUCCUGUGAUAACAGUUGUUCGUGUUAUGUUGUAAAAAAAAAAAAAGUGACUCUAUGCGUGAGAUGUAGCUUUUGUGGCGGAAACUGUGGCGUAAUUUCUUGCUUCCAACAUUUAUUCCUGUUGGAAAUGACUUAUCGGCAACCGCGCGAAACCUCGUACACUCUGUAUGUAGCGGCAUGUUUUCGAUAAUGUCUUUUUUUUUUGUUCUUGUGUAGCAUUUGAUACACUACUUCGUAUUUAUUAGCUCGUCGGCGCCACUGUGUCACGCCAGCACGUGCGGAACUUUGCGGUUUCAUGUGUUUGUAUAUAGCGUUAAUAAAGAAUAUUCCAACCUAUAUGUCUAUUCAGCUUUCGUGUCGGAAGCAUGUGUAGUGUCACGUGUCCCGGCUCGGUGUCAAACGUAUACGGGGUCGCGCAGCAUUCGAAGGAUGACUUAUGCGGUAACUCGUUCACAGCCCAAAGACCUGAUGUUGGCGUGAAAGGCGUUCGACAACUAUUGCGCGGCACACGAGUCAAGACUUGGCGCUCGUUCGACGUCUACCACAGUCGUCAUAUUUUAAACGUGCACACUGCGCUUAAACAGCUGGGCAAGUUGCUCAACCAAAGCGAAUGUUGUCACGUGACUAAGGUUGUCACGUGCCAAGUUGGUUAGCUGGCAAAAACACAUUGAAUUCUGGGGUUUUGCGUGCCAAAACCAUUAUCUGAUUGUGAGGCGCGCCAUAGUGAGAAACUCCGGAUUAAUUUGGACCACCUCGAGUUGUUUGACGUGCACCUAAAUCACUGACAGAGGGGAUCUUUAACGUGCCUCCCCCCAUUGCACGAAACACGUUCUUUUUUUUUUUUUUGCAUGUAGCCCUCACCGAAAUGCGGUCGGCGCUGCCGGGAUUUGAACCCGCGACCUCGUGCUUAGCAGAGCAGCACCAUAGCCGCGAAGCUACAGCGCGAAGGCACUUCAUCUGCAUUAAAUUGAGGGGCUGCAGGCGCAGCCAGCUGUAAAGAAUUUGUUUGACCACUGAUUGCUUACUUUACGAACACGAAAGCAUUUGCAACAUGCACAAAAUUUCCCUAGCUGUUACACGAAGUUGAGCGCUAUUCAGCCUCAUAUCAACUGCAACAUCUACCUACGUGCCUUGUUCCUUUGGAAGCAGGA